UCAAUGGACUUGUCAACUUUGAAACCUUUUCCUUCUGGACAACCAGAAAAGUUUGCUUUGUUCUUGGAUAAAGUUGUUGGAUUUCAAUAA